CCUGGCUAAGCGUUGAUUAGCCCCCCCCACCCCCCACACCGCACAACAAGAGGGGGGAGGCGCCAGUUUUCUGGGGACACUGGCUGCCACCGUACUUGCACAUACUCCUGCCCAGGGGAGCUCCCAGAGACUUGGAUGCAUUCUGGGUGGUUAGCUGUGGUCAGCUGGGCUCUCGGGAGCCUGCUCGUGGUGGAACACAGGGGACGUCUGGCAAAGGGACCAGCGGCUUGCUGAGACUCAACAUGACACUUCUGGGGUCUGAGCAUUCUUUGCUGAUUAGAAGCAAGUUCCGAUCAGUUUUACAGUUACGACUUCAGCAGAGACGGACCCAGGAGCAACUGGCUAACCAAGGUAUCAUACCACCACUGAAAAGCCCAACUGAAUUCCAUGAGCAAAGAACAAAAUUGGAUAGUGACAAGACUGAAGAUUCUCUGAAGCACAAGGGUAGAAACAGGUCUGACCGUGCCCACUUGCUUAAUAUGCACAUACUCCAAGCCUCCGCUGCAGAAAGAUCCCUUCCAACAACUGCUCAGAUGAAGCUGAAACGAGCGCGCCUCGCAGACGAUCUCAAUGAAAAGAUUGCUCUCCGACCAGGGCCUCUGGAACUGGUGGAAAAGAAUAUCCUCCCUGUGGAUUCCACUGUGAAGCAAGCCAUCAAAGGGAAGCAGGUGAGCUUUUCCAAGGCUGCAGAUGCAUUUGCCUUUGAAGAAGACAGCAGCAGUGAUGGGCUCUCUCCAGUUCACACUCGAAAUGAAGACCCCCAGAGCGCUGCAGGAUCUCCCCAAGAUGGGAAAGCCACAGAAGCCCCUUUGGCAGGACCUGUGGGAACAAUUCAGGAUCACAUAUUGGGCUCAGAAAAUGAUAAGAAUAAUUCCACCACUCAGCCCAGUAACCAGUCUGACUCUGGGAAGCAUGGGCUCAACGCUUCCAUUCCUGUGCAUGCAGCUGUAAAGUCCAAGACCUUGGGUGACAAUAAGAACCGCCACAAAAAACCCAAAGACCCCAAGCCAAAGGUGAAGAAACUCAAAUACCACCAGUACAUUCCUCCAGACCAGAAGGCAGAGAAGUCCCCACCCCCUAUGGACUCAGCCUAUGCCAGGCUGCUCCAGCAGCAGCAGCUCUUCCUGCAACUGCAGAUCCUCAGCCAGCAGCAGCAGCAACAGCAGCAGCAACAGCACCGGUUUAGCUAUCCGAGGAUACACCAAGCACAGCUCAAAGAACCAAAUGAACAGAUGGCCAGAAAUCCAAACUCAUCUUCAACACCACUGAACAAUACCCCUCUGUCUCCUGUCAAAAACAGUUUUUCUGGACAAACUGGUGUCUCUUCUCUCAAACCAGGUCCUCUCCCACCUAACCUGGAUGAUCUCAAGGUUUCCGAAUUAAGACAACAGCUUCGAAUCCGAGGCUUGCCUGUGUCAGGCACCAAGACGGCUCUCAUGGACCGGCUCCGACCCUUCCAAGACUCUUCUGGAAACCCUGUGCCCAACUUUGGGGACAUAACCACGGUCACUUUUCCUGUUACACCCAGUGCCCUGCCCAGUUACCAGUCCCCCCCUUCCACCAGUGCCUUAUCCAAUGGCUUCUACCACUUUGGCAGCACCAGCUCCAGCCCACCCAUCUCCCCAGCUUCAUCUGACCUGUCGGUGGCCGGGUCCCUGACGGAUACCUUCCAAGAUGCGUCCCCAUCCUUUGGCCUGCACCCAUCUCCCGCGCACGUGUGCACGGAGGAGAGUCUCCUGAGCAGUCUGAACGGGGGCUCGGCUCCCUCUGAGCUGGAUGGGCUGGACUCGGAGAAGGACAAAAUGCUGGUGGAGAAGCAGAAGGUGAUCAACGAGCUCACCUGGAAGCUGCAGCAGGAGCAGAGGCAGGUGGAGGAGUUGCGGAUGCAACUGCAGAAGCAGAAGGGCCAGCACUGCGCGGAUGAGAAGGCACUGCCGCCUUUCCUGGCAGUCUCCAUCAAGCAGGAGGACGCUGUCUCCAGCUGCCCCUUCGCAGUCCAGCCAAUACCCACAGGGCAGGGCAGCGGCCCCGAGGGCCAGGCGCAGACUGCCAGGGACGCAGCUCCGCUCCUGCCCCUUGGGAAGGUGCACUGUGUAGAGUCCUCGAGUCAAAGCAACGUACUGUCUUCCACAUUCCUCAGCCCACAGUGCUCCCCUCAGCAUUCGCCGCUGGGGGCUGUGAAAAGCCCACAGCAUAUCAGCUUGCCUCCUUCACCCAACAACCAGUACUUCCUACCUGGGGCUCAGGGGGAAGGGCACAGGGUCUCCUCCCCUGUGUGCAGCAGCCAGGCAUGCCCCCCACAGAACUCAGGAGCACACCACAGCAAUACCCCCAGCUUCUCUCCCUCACCUUCCAGCCUCCAUCCACCUUUCUCUGGGGCCCAAACAGACACCAGUCAUGGUGCUGGGAGCAACCCUUGUCCUAAAAGCCCAAGUGUACAGCCAAAGAUGGCUGGCUUACACUCUGCUGAUAAGACGGGGCCCAAGUUCUCAAUUCCAUCCCCGACUUUUUCUAAGUCAAGUUCAGCUGUUCCAGACAUAACCCAGCCUCCAUCUUAUGAAGAUGCAGUAAAACAGCAAAUGACUCGGAGCCAGCAGAUGGAUGAACUUUUGGAUGUCCUUAUUGAAAGUGGAGAAAUGCCAGCUGACGCCAGAGAGGAUCAUUUAUGUCUUCAGAAAGUUCCAAAGAUAUCCCGUUCUUCCCGCAGCCCCACUGCCAUCCUCCCUAAGCCUUCAGCCUCCUUCUCACAGUCGUCCCCCGAAGGAGGCCAGCUCCCCUUUGACCACUACCCCACUGACAGUGAGGAACACCUGGAGGUCUUGCUAAAUUCCCACAGCCCUGUGGGAAAGGUGAGCGAUGUUGCUCUGCUCAAGAUUGGGAGCGAGGAGCCUACUUUUGAGGGGAUAAUGGAUGGCUUCUCUGGGAAGUCUGCGGAAGAGAUCUUCAAUGCCCAUGAGAUCCUGCCCGGUCCCCUCUCUCCCAUGCACACCCAGUUCUCACCCUCAUCGAUGGACAGCAAUGGUCUGCAGCUGAGCUUCACAGAGGCUCCGUGGGAGACCAUGGAGUGGCUGGACCUCACCCCACCUGGCUCCACCCCAGGCUUCAGCUCCCUGGCCACCAGUGGCCCCAGCAUCUUCAACAUCGACUUCCUGGAUGUCACAGAUCUUAAUUUGAAUUCCCCCAUGGAUCUUCACUUACAGCAGUGGUAAGAUGCAAAAGGGCAACCAACAGGGUCCCAUGGGGGAAAGCCACAAGCCACAAAUAUUGACAUCAUCCAAUAUGAAGAAGAACAUUGAAAAAGAAGACAGGAAAACAUCUGUGACCAUCCACAAAUACCAAUGGACAUCAAUUAAAAAAGAAAAAACAAAGACAAAACUAUAUCCAUAAUGUGAUAAACAUUCAGUAUUAUUUCAGCAAUACAUUCAAAAAUGUGCUUUCUCCAAUGAAGGAUGCCAAAAAAAUUCUCACUGCCUUUUCUAAUAUUAGUAUUGUUUCUUUCUGGCCCAUAGAUUUGUUUUCCCCUUCAGGCAUUGUUAGGGCAUAAGCUCAACACUGUAAGCUUUUGACCUGAAUUUAGUAGACAUACUGUGGAAAGAAAAUGUCAAGUCUUUGGGGGGAGUACAGCAAAGCCAGUCUCUCAAAGUUUACAGAAGAUACACCCACGGAAAGGUUACUUCCUGUAUCUCCAUUAUGUGUCUUUCCAAAGAGCUGCCAGACCCAGCUCCAUUAAUGGGGUACCUUGAGGAAGAGAAGUGGG